CAGAAGGAGAGAGCCUUGCUCGCCACAUUUUAUUUUCGGUUUCAUGCCCAUGUUAAUGGCCUUUAUAGAGCCACUUUGUGAGUACAUCGAUCAGAUUAGGAUGAAUCACUUGACCAGCCACCAGCUGUUGGAAUGAUUCUGCACGCGUGCGUGACUUUGUUGCAUUAUUGCAAAACGUGGCAAGGUAGAGCUGCCCAGUCUUCGUCGCUGCUGCUCAUUUGUAAUGCUGCCUUGAGGAGAUGAGAGCGAACUGUUGCAGCCGCUCAGUCCACCCUGCCAACGGUUCGGAGGAGGAGCUGCCAGUGGGGCUGCAGGCACAUGGCGACCUGGGACUUGUUUUCACAGUGGCAUCUGCUGUGAUGAUGGGCCUGCUCAUGUUCUCCUUGGGAUGCUCCGUGGAGAUCCGGAAGCUCUGGUUGCACAUCCAGAGACCCUGGGGCAUCGCCGUGGGACUGCUCUGCCAGUUUGGGCUCAUGCCUCUUAUAGCCUAUCUCCUGGCUGUCAGCUUUACUCUGAAGCCAGUCCAGGCCAUUGCUGUUCUCAUCAUGGGGUGCUGCCCAGGGGGAACCAUCUCUAACAUCUUCACCUUCUGGGUUGAUGGAGACAUGGACCUCAGCAUCAGCAUGACAACCUGUUCCACAGUGGCGGCCCUGGGGAUGAUGCCACUCUGCCUGUAUCUCUACACCUGGUCCUGGAACCUGGCACAGAACCUCACAAUUCCGUAUCAGAGCAUAGGAAUCACCCUCGUGUGCCUGAUCAUCCCCGUGGCCUUCGGAAUCUGUGUGAAUUUCAAGUGGCCCAAGCAAUCCAAAGUCAUUCUCAAGGUUGGGGCCGUUGUCGGGGCGCUGCUCCUUCUGCUGGUCGCGGUCGCUGGAGUGGUGCUGGCACGGGGGUCUUGGCAUUCAGACACCACCCUUCUGACCAUCAGUUUCGUCUUCCCUUUCAUCGGCCAUGUCGCAGGCUUUCUGCUGGCUCUCCUCACACGCCAGUCUUGGCAAAGGUGCAGGACAAUUUCCUUGGAAACGGGAGCUCAGAAUAUUCAGAUGUGCAUCACCAUGCUCCAGCUGUCUUUCACUGCUGAGUACUUGGUCCAGAUGUUUAGCUUCCCAUUGGCCUAUGGACUCUUCCAGCUGUUGGAUGGAUUUCUCAUAGUUGCAGCCUAUCAGACCUAUAAGAGGAGACUGAAGAACAAGCAGAGGAGGAGGGACCCGGAGCACGUUGAAGGCUGCCCCAAGCAGAGAUCCACGUCUCCCAAAGAGACCAGAGCCUUCUUGGAGGUGAAAGAAGAAGCUGCUGGAGCUCUGGGGCCGUCAGGGCCAACCGAUGGCCACGUGGCCUCCGGGGAACAGUGCGCACCUGCGGGCCUGGCUGCUCCGCUGUCUCCGGCGGCCAGUAAAGGCGGGGCCGGGCAGAGGCACGAAUCUCACUGGUAGGGCCCGUGAGCCCCGUCAGUGCGCAUGUCAGAGCCUGUUUAAUUUUGGUGCGGAUCGUGCAUGGCGAUGGGAUCCCUUGUCAAGGAAGUUCUUUCGGAGGCUCACAGGCCGCGGCAGCACCGUGUGUUGCUUGAAGCCGGCCUCACGCUGUGGAUUCACUCGGAGAACGGGAGUCAGGACUCUGCAGGAGAGGCCGGGCGCGGCGGGUCCUUUGGAGCACUGGGGAGGACGCACAGAGCUUUUAAUGCAGAGUGAGGCCCCUCUCGCCAAGGAGUGCUAUCAGUAAAGGAAUAGGAACCCCUUGAUGAUAGCUGUAGUACAAGCUGAGAGCAUCCGCAGAGCGCGUGAAGUUAAACAGCCAAGGCCUUGCAUUUCCACUCGCUAGAGAGUGGUCUGCACUGCAUCAGCUGAAAACCACGAGGUGUAUCAGUGGCGUUUUGCAGGUUGCUUGGUGACAAGCUGUAUAGAGGGCAGCUUUGUGCGUCAGUCUGCACUGGUCUACCUCAUUCUUCCAGACAGUGGCUGCCCCAAAUACUGCACGGGCCGCAGGGGCUGUCAUUACCUAAGCAGCCUGUCAUCAUGGCAUUCAGACAGCUCGCCCUGCACCAGCGGGAGCAGGCAGCGGCUUCCACAGCUGUACCAGCUGGUGUUGUCCGUGUCUUCCCAUGCAGUCCACCAGCCUGGCAGUGGGUAAAAGCCAUCUUCCUCUCUUGCGACAUCAUUAAAGAUGUUUUCCUGUAACUUUCCUGGGCUGCCUAUGCACGUUCAUUCCACUGUUGAAUUUAUCUUUCAGUAUGGCUGUUAGAAUUUUUUUCUUAUGGGUCAUUAUUCCAGCAUCAUCUGUGGAAUCGCCUGUGUUCUCUAUGUGAAUGUGACUAUCACUUUGUCCCGUAACCACCUACAGGGUGUGUUUGUUGGGACUCCGGUUCCUUUCGGUAUCUGUUCUCAUUUUUCAGUUCUGAAGUGUGUGAGAAGACAUCCUGUCUGAGACUGAGCGCCUCAUGACGGUGUCAGUCUUCCCCAGUGACAACGGUGGUUGUAUUGUCACAGCAACACAAAGCCUGUGUGGUGGUAGGGAAGGAACCCUGUUGGAGGCACAGUCAGUCUUCAUAUGGAAAAGAACAAUGCAGCUUCAUUCUCAGCGGCUGCUGCCCAUUUCCCCAUCCGAUGAGUGCUGUGGGUCGAGACGCUUGUCUGCGCUGUGCACAAGCACAGGGGACACACAGCAGUAACAAGGCAGUAAAGGCUCCUGCCCUCAAGGAGCUAUGUCUAGCUAAAAAUAACUUGAGGCCGGCGCCGUGGCUCACUAGGCUAAUCCUCCACCUGCAGCGCUGGCACAUCGGGUUCUAGUCCCAGUUGGGGCACCGGAUUCUAUCCCGGUUGCCCCUCUUCCAGGCCAGCUCUCUGCUAUGGCCCGGGAAGGCAGUGGAGGAUGGCCCAAGUGCUUGGGCCCUGCACCCGCAUGGGAGACCAGGAGAAGCACCUGGCUCUUGCCAUUGGAUCAGCGUGGUGCGCCGGUCGCAGCGUGCCAGCCGCGGCGGCCAUUGGAGGGUGAACCAACGGCAAAGGAAGACCUCUCUCUCUCACUAUCCACUCUGCCUGUCAAAAAAAUAAAAAAUAAAAAAAUUACUGAAGCUGGAGGUGGACAUGUAACACAGUUCUUGCUAAUAAGAAGGAAGCAGAACUGUGCUAGGGACUUCUGGAAUUUUUGCUCUCUUGUUCUAGGUGCUGAUGGGCCCUUUCUCCUGAUCAAUUCCUGUUUCCUUUCUGGAAUUCAGAUGUAAUAGCUGCAGCUGCAGCAACCAUUUCCACCCCAUGAAGGAGAGGCCAGGAUAAUUAUGCCGUUGUUGACAUUGUUGAGCUGCACAAUCAAUCAUAGCAACUACCUACUUCUGAACUGGUUUUCUUAAGGGAGAAAAUAAACCUCUAGUUUGUGUAACCCAGAGUGGUACUGGUUUUGGUUAUUUACAGUCUAACACAAUCCUAAAUUGAGACAUUAAAAUUUAGAUUGGCUUUAACAUAUCAUCUAGGACAGCCCAUAAUUUGUCAAUCUCCAUGUUUACAAGGUAAAACUGAAAAUUUCUGAGUAACAUAACAUGAAAACAUAUUCUUGCACUUUCUGUGCAUCUAUGCCUGGAAGUUAGCUGGGCAAACUGCUCUUUUACUUCCUUGGACUUGGCAUGUUACAUAUGGACAACUGGUCGUUUGCAAAGCCACGGAUUUGGCAGGUCCUCUAGGACCACAGGUGGAAGGAAAGUGAUCUUGUCUACCUGCCACUUCUCUCCUGUUUCUCAUGACAA